AUGAUCUUGCCCCUGCUGUUACCGAUGUGUUUAACAGCUUGCUGCGACAACAUAAAGUUCCAUCCCCUUAGAAGAUGGCAGACAUCAAGUCUCUACCAAAGGAGUCUCCACUGACUGGCUGUACCCAGCUUCGACCAAUUUCUUUGACUGCUGUUAUGAUGAGACGUUUCGAACGACUGGCCCAUAGGUUUGAACUUCCCAGUAUUUACAAUGAUUAUGUCUAUUUAGAUCAGUUUGCCUAUCGUGAAGGCCAUAACUCUACCAUGGCAUUAAUUAAAUGCCAACAUACAUGGUUAAAGUGGCUUGAUGGUAAUGCCGAUUUUGUCACAAUUUUUUCCUUUGACUUUAGUAAGGCUUUCGACUCUGUAUCACACAAUAUCCUCUGUAGUAAAUUUAAGCAAGUUAACAUUAAUCCAGAUAUUAUUAAUUGGCUUAUUAGCUUUUUAGAUCAGAGAAAGCAGAGAGUUGUUGUCGAUGGUUACCGUACUAAAUACAGUCAACUCUCUCUAAGAUGGACACCUUUGGGACCGGCACUAAGUGUCCAUCUUAAAGAGGUGUCCGUCUAGAGUCAAAUAAAGGGAGUACAGAAAGGCAGGGACCAACUCUAAGUGUCCGUUUUACAGAGGUGUCCGUUAAGAGAGAGUCGACUGUAUGUUUCUAUAAAUAGGGAUGUUCCUCAAGGUACAGUCCUGGGGCCCGUCCUCUUUUCUAUUUUUAUUAACGAUAUCAAAGCUGUUAAUACUAAUAACAAUCGUCUAGUUAAAUUUGCAGACGACAUAACUGUUAGCUUGCCGAUUGAGGCAAAUGUAGGCUUAGAUGAGUCUGAAACGGAAGUCCUAUCCUUUGUUGAAUGGUCCGAGAACAACUGCAUGAAAGUUAGUUCGACAAAAACAUGGGAGCUGCUUUUAUGAGGGAAGACUACCAGCACGCCUCCUGAACCACUCGAGAUCAUAGGGAGGAAAGAGAAACUGAAACUGUUGGGUGUUACCUUUGAGCAAGUGCCAGUGAAUUGGGACAUUCAUAUUGAUUAUUUACUUAGUAAGGCUAGCAGUAGGUUGUAUAUUAUAAGAAUAUGUAAAUAUUAUGGCUACUCUAUUGAGAAUUUGGACUUACAUUUUCAAAGUUUGAUCCUUUCAGUGUUCACAGAUGCUAUUGAGGUCUGGGGGUGCGCUCUUUAUAGUAAAUAUUUAAGUAGGAUUGAUAAGCUCUUUGCCAGGUGCUAUAAGUUUGGUUACUGCUUUAGGCAGAACAUUCUUCCUAAUAGAGGUAUGAAGUUAUGGCAAAGGUUCUCUUCCGUUAACACUGCAUUGAGCGAUCUUUUACCUCCCCAGAGAACACGGCGGAUAUUCUACCUAAUGUCCGGACAAGUCGUUUUAAAUCCGUUUUUAUUAAUCGAUGUCUCUUAA